AUGCCGAGCGACGCCGUGCUUGCGUAUGUUCAGAAUGGGAAGCUGACGGUAGAUGGCAUCGAACUGGUUACGGGUGACCUGACCGUGCAGCGAUACAUCGAGCUCCCAGAGCAAGUGACGGGCCAAAGCGGUGUGGCCCAGAACGCGACGCACACAGACAACGACAUCGUCGUACGCCUCGAUAUUGAAGUGCAUGUGGAGCUGCAGAGCAAAUGGCUCACCCGGGAACUCAUCAACCGCAUCCAGAAGCUGCGGAAACGCGGGGCUGCAGGCGACGGACGACGCAGAUGUCUUCUAUGA